AAGAACUCUCUAGACGCAGUUUUUGGAUUCCUCUCCAAGCCACCCCAUCCCUGUGUAUAUAUACAUAUUCCUGCCCUGCCCCAAACAUCAACAAAUAUUUCAUCAAAAAUCUCAACUUAGCAGCUCUGAUUAUAAUCUUUCUUCUUACAACUAAUUCGAAAAUAUGGCGGAAUCAGGAACAGAAGCCUUUCCGGAACUGGGAGCGCAUUGCCAGCACUCUGAUUGCAAUCAGCUCGAUUUCCUUCCCUUCAAGUGUGAUGCAUGUCUUAAGGUCUUCUGUCUGGAACACAGAACUAGCAAAUCGCAUCAGUGUCCGAAGCCCGAUCACAACAACAGAAGGGUGGUUGUUUGUGAGACUUGCUCCAUGUCGAUAGAGAUCACGAAUGGUGAAGACAAUGAGAAGGCGAUCCAGGAGAAACAUGAGAGGUCAGGAGAUUGUGACCCCAGCAAGAAGAAGAAGCCCACCUGUUCUGUCAAGAGGUGCAAGGAAAUUUUGACCUUUUCUAAUACUAGCACCUGCAAGACUUGCCAGACCAGAGUGUGUCUCAAUCACCGGUUUCCAGCGGACCACGCCUGCAAAAACAGCAGUAUUUCAUCAGCCAGGGUUAGCCGCGAAACAAAAGAGAAGUUUUUGGUCGCGAUGGCCUUGAGGAAUGGUAAAAGCUGUGCAAAUAAGGACGGUGGUUCUUUGUCUACUCCUAGGAAUCCCUCUGUGAAAGCUUAUUAAGAUUUCUGUAUUCCAUAUAUACUUUGAUAACUACCUUGUUUCAAGAAUUGAAAUCUAUUGCAAUCCCUGUGAUUCUAUUUCUAAAAAAAGUUAUUUGGGCAGCAGAUAUGAAACAGAUACGCCUCUUUUCUGUUCUGA